CAAACACAGAAGGAAUACGCGUAGUCCGUAGGCAAAGCAGCAUCGGGUCGGUUUCGAGUUCGAAUUCGAAUUCGUUGUCUCUUCUCUUUCGCUCACUGGUAAGAUCUUCAAUUACCUGUGAAUUUCGAAGGAGAGACAGAAGUAAGCACCAAAUUGAAGUUCUAGGGUUUUGAUUCUGCUCUGAUUCAUUACUCAAUUUCAAUUUUUGUCUUGAUUCAUCAUAAUCAUCUUUCUUUGAUUUCUAUAAUUGAUUUCUGUUCUGGCUAUACAUCUUUUUGUUGUUAUACUUGAUUGGGUUUUUGUACUAGAAAAAUUGGGGAUAUUGUAUACUCUGUUUUAAGAAUUUGGGACACCCUUUAUUAUUGAAUCUGUGAGGGUUUGGAACUGUUUUUUUUUUUUUUUUUUUUUGGUACUAUUAUUUCUUGAGUUUGAUUUUUGAUUGAGAAGAGUUGUGGUGUUAAUAAUAUGGCGGCAGGGCGUACCAAUGUUUCGAAGAGAAGAGAGGAUUAUUAUGAUGGUUACUCCAAAAAAGAAGUUGUUCAUUACAGAAACGGUACUGGUGAUGCCAAAGUGAUCCGAGAUUGGGUUGAUGACAAAUAUAAACAUGGGUACCGAUAUUUGUCAAAUGGGCACAAUUCUGGUCCGAAACGGGUUGAAGCCAGGUUUGACGAUGCACACGGUUGUAAGAAUGGUGAAGUGUCAAAAUGUGAUGAUGGGAUUCUGUUGCCUUCUGCGAAGAAAAGGAAGUUUUCACCCAUCAUAUGGGACUUGGAUGAAAAGAAAGUGGAAAUUUCUUCUAAGAAAAGAAUUGCACCUACGCGUACUGCUUUACCAUCUCUGAAAUCUUCAGUGCGCUUGGUUAGUGAGGUGCCGAAUGUUGUUUCUGAUGGGGGUGUUGCGAAAAGCCCUGCAUUGGAAAAUAAAGUUAAAGGGCUGGACUUCUUUUCAGAGAAGUCUUUUUCUGAUGGUGGUUCAGUGGUGGCUACUGUGUCUGAGUCGCCAGGGGAAUUGUCUCCUUCAUUGCCUCAAGAUAUUGUGGUUGAUGACCAGGUUCAGUCAGAGGUGGAAGAGUUUGUUCAAAUGCAGAAUACAUCAACAUCACGCUGGGCUUCUGACAGUGAUUUGGAGGAUAUAUCUCUAUCUGAUGGUGAAGAUGCACCUGUUAAGGGGGAACAGCUUUCAAAGAGGUCUACUCCUGAGAGUGGGGAGUUCUGUAGAGAAAACUCUGAAGAUGGGGCCAGAUUGUCCGAAUCUGAUAUUGUAGAUGGGGAACGUUCUUCCAAAGAUGAAUAUUCUGAAAAUGAGUUGGAGGUUGAUGAUGUCUUGGAUGUUGAUAAUACAGCUGAAGAGGAUAUUGCUGUCGAGGAGCCUGCCAUUUCUGGACAAAGAAGUAGUAACAUGCUUCAGAGUUGUAGGCAUGUGCUUGAAUAUGAGUAUCUCAACAAAGUAAACGAGGGCACUUAUGGCGUUGUGUAUAGAGCCAGGGAUAAGAAGACGGGAGAAAUUGUGGCAUUGAAGAAGGUGAAGAUGAAUGUUGGUAGGAAAGAAGAUUAUUUAGAAUACGGUUUUCCUACUUCAUCUUUGAGGGAAAUUAACAUUCUCUUGUCUUUUAAGCAUCCUUCAGUUGUUAGGGUUAAGGAAGUUGUUAUGGAUGAUUUUGAUAGUGUUUUCAUGGUUAUGGAGUACAUGGAACAUGACCUCAAGGGGCUAAUGGAGUCAAUGAAGUUCCGUUUUAGUACUAGUGAUGUCAAAUGCUUGAUGCUACAGCUUUUGGAGGGUGUUAAGUAUCUGCAUGACAAUUGGGUUCUUCACAGGGAUUUGAAAACAUCAAAUCUUCUUUUGAACAAUUGUGGUGAGUUAAAAAUUUGCGACUUUGGCAUGUCACGCCAGUAUGGAAGCCCACUUAAGCCAUAUACAUCAAUGGUGGUUACUUUAUGGUACAGGGCUCCUGAACUUCUGCUAGGAGCAAAGAAGUAUUCCACAGCAGUUGACAUGUGGUCGGUGGGUUGUAUAAUGGCUGAAAUGCUAGCCAAGAAACCACUAUUCAGUGGGACAAGUGAAGCUGACCAGAUUGACAAGAUAUUCAAAACCCUUGGCACGCCAACUGAGAAAGAUUGGCCUGGAUUGUCUGAACUACCGGGACGAGCCAAAGCAAAAUUUGUUAACCAACCGUAUAAUCUGUUGCGAAGAAGGUUUCCUGCCACAUCUUUCAUAGGAUCUCCGGUUCUUUCGGAAUCAGGAUUUGACUUGUUAAAUAGACUUCUGACUUACGCUCCUGAUCAGCGGAUAACAGUUGAUGAUGCCCUCAAUCACGAUUGGUUUCGUGAGGAUCCUCUUCCCAAGUUCAAUCAUACCUUCUCCCCACAGCAUACUUGGAACAGGCAUUUAGAAGGAAUGCAGAAGAAGAGAAGAGAGUCCGGACUAGGAAAAUGUAGUGACAGUCAGCACGACUACUUGCAUCAUGUACCAUUCAUGAAGCGACUUUAUUAAGGCAUCGAUGUGAACCCAAUUCUAUUGAAGCUUUGAUUGAUUAGGAGCCAAGAGGGAGUGGUGUUAGUUGAAGUCUACGUUUGGGAUUAACUAAUGAGUUAUCCACUGACGUUUUACUAAUCCUCAUUGUAGAUAGAAAUGUAAUUGUUACUUCCAGCAUGGAGUAAACGAAAAAGGAAAAAAAGAAAAGUUUUUCUUAUUCAGAUGCUUACUUCAAUCUUUUUUAAUCACUGCCCCUGGCUUUAGUUUCAAAUGCAUCA